GUGAAAUUGAGUUUACAUACAUACACAUGCUCGAUUUGUCUCAGCAUUCCAACUAAAGCGAGCACCAACUCAGCAAAGACCCAAGGAAUCUCAAUCCAAGAAACUUCUAUCAAAUCAUUCAAUCAUUACAAAAAUGGCAAACUGGUGGCGGUCAUCGGCGUUGCAGUGUGAAUCUGUCACCUCUAAUCCUUCAGAUUCAGAACUAGAUCGAUGGAAGGAAGUCUUUGAAGAAUUCGCCACCACUGACGACCCAAAUAACUUGAAACCAUCUCGUUAUCUCAAUGAAGAGGGGUUCAUCAACGCUGUGGCUCCCACGGACGAUUUCCAGAAAAUCCAAAAAUCUCAAUAUGCAAUUCUGUUUCGAAUAGCUGAUACUAACCGGACUGGAAAAGUUGAAUGGGAUCAAUUCGUCGUCUUUCAGACUUUACUUAAGAAGCCUGAUGCUCAAUUUGAGGUGGCAUUCAAGUACUUUGAUCAGGAUAGCAAUGGCGACGUCACCUUUGACGAGUUCAAGCGUGUCUUUUCUGCCAACCUCGGUCCAGACUCACUUCCUUUUACAUUCGAUUCGCCUUGGGUUAAGCUCUUUCUGGGUCGAAGGGAGGGUCGGCAUGUACUUGGCUACAACGAAUUUACGCAACUCAUGAAAGGCCUGCAAGGCGAACGACUACGACAAGCCUUUGCAUACUUUGAUAAAGCUGAGACAGGUCAUAUCUCACCAGAUCAAUUCAAGCGUAUCAUUCUCGAACUUGCUCGUCACAAGCUCUCAGACGCAGUAUUGGAACGUUUACCCACGCUCUGCACACUCAGCACGGGAGGAAAGAUUUCAUACUCCGAAGUCAAUGCCUUCCACAAUGUGAUACGAGAGAUGGAUUCAGUUGAACGUAUACUGCAAGAAGCCAUAUCACAAUCUAAGGACCACAAGAUCAACCGUCACGAUUUUCUCAACACUGCUGCUCGUCACACUCGUUACACGAAUCUGACGCCGAUGGAAGUGGAUAUUGUGUUCCAUUUUGCUGGUAUGGGAGAUCUCAAUGCUCGACUCGGACUCGCAGAUUUCGGCAAACUUCUCGAUCCAAAAUGGGAACGUGCUCAGACACAAGAAGUAGUCACGGAUGAGUUGGCAACUGGGAGUUUUUGGCAAAGCUUUGCUAAAUCAACUUAUAACUUUGGAUUGGGUGGAAUUGCCGGUGCAUUAGGAGCAACGGCGGUCUAUCCGAUCGAUCUGGUAAAGACUCGGAUGCAGAAUCAACGCAGUAAAGUGGUCGGUGAAUUGCUCUACAAAAACAGUAUGGAUUGUGUCAAGAAAGUCUUGAAGAACGAGGGUUUCGCUGGCUUCUAUAGAGGUCUACCACCCCAAUUGAUCGGUGUUGCACCAGAGAAAGCGAUCAAGCUUACGAUCAACGACUUGAUCCGAGCAAAUGCAAAAGAUCCGAUGACUGGACAGAUCAGUCUUGGUUGGGAACUCUUUUCCGGUGGUGCCGCGGGUGGAUGUCAAGUGGCUGUCACAAAUCCAUUAGAGAUUGUCAAGAUCCGUCUUCAAAUGCAAGGAGAAAUGGCAAGAGUUGCAGGGAAUGAACCUCGAGGUGCGAUGCACAUCAUUCGACAACUUGGUCUUGUUGGGCUUUAUAAGGGUGCUGGGGCAUGUCUUUGUCGAGAUAUCCCUUUCUCAGCCAUCUACUUCACAGCUUAUGCUCAUUUGAAAAAGGACACCUUCUCAGAAGGCCUUAAUGGAAAAACUUUGGGCUUUGGAGAGACUUUGAGUGCUGCAGCCAUUGCGGGUAUGCCAGCGGCUUAUCUGACAACACCGGCUGAUGUUGUCAAGACGAGAUUACAAUCGGAAGCGAGGAAAGGAGAGACGACCUACAAAGGUUUGGUGGACUGCUUCCGGACCAUCUUGAAAGAAGAAGGUCCGAAAGCUUUGUUCAAAGGUGGACCAGCUAGAAUCUUACGUAGCUCUCCACAGUUUGGGGUUACAUUGGUCUCUUAUGAAUAUCUUCAAAAACUAAUUCCAUAUCCAUUUGGCAAGCAGCAAGCGUCGAAGGGUGUGACGGUUGAGAUUGACGAAUUGCCUCGUAUCAGAGCAAGGAAUGCUAUGAAGAUUCUGUUAGACGUACAUGAAGACUUUGGUACGAUCAGAAGAACAUAAGUCAGUGAAGCUCGUCUGCGUUCUUGAAGCCAAGAUAGAUGCUCGUCUCAAUAGAGUUCCUCAGGAUCAGAUCAAUAGACUAGAUGUUCCUAAACCGAGACCAGAGCUUUCUAGAUUUCUUUCCCAUUCAGUCAUCCUGAUCUUUUCAUCACUUUUUCUUUACUGUUCGUAUGUCAGUCUUUGGCUUGUUUUUUUUUUCAAUACGACAUCCUUGUGCGAGUCCUGCUUGAUGUCUCUGUGCGUGUAUCUAUCGGUUGUUUAUUUUUUUUUGUGCUUAUAGAUGAUUCUAUUGAAUCUAUGUUGAUUUUCUGGAGAGGAAACUUGAAGUGGUUGAUGAUCGUCAAGAAUAUGAAUAUAUAGAUUUCAAGC